GACCAUAAACAACAGCAGACGCCAAUUAUACAGAAACUAUACCGUGGCGUCAUGGAGUAGCGGUGCUUCCGGGGCUCUUGUGAUUUGUUAAAUAAAUAUUUCUUCGCUUUUCUGGAGCUAAAGAAGCCGGCGAAGCUAGUUGGCUAAUAGAACAGCAGCUGCUAUGAUAACAGGCUGGAGAUGAUCGAGUGUUUAGCCAGGGAUGUGCAGGAGCAACUGCGGUCCAGUGUCGCGGUACCGUCGCUCCAGCAGUGCGUGGAGGAGCUGGUUCUGAACAGCCUCGAUGCCGGGGCGACGUGCGUUGGGGUCCGCAUGGACCUGGGGGCGUUCAAGGUCCAGGUCAUCGACAAUGGUGCUGGGAUUGGAGCCGAGGACAUGGAACGGGUCGGGAAUCGGUACCACACAAGUAAAUGCCGCACAGUGGACGAUCUGGACCAGCUGAGGUUCUAUGGGUUCCGCGGAGAGGCGGUGGCCAGUCUGGCGAAUCUGGCUUCGCUUGUCGAGAUCACGUCCAAAACCAGAACUUCAGCGAACACGCUGGUCAAAGUCUUCAAGCAGGGAAAAGGCUCGGAUGUGUUCCAGUCAGACACGGACCGUCCGUCCGCCGGAACCACAGUGGUCAUCUGCAACUUCUUCCACAACCUGCCAGUGAGGAGGAAGAGGACUGACCCGGUUCUGGAGGGGGAGCGGAUCAGACACAGAGUGGAAGCGGUGUCUCUCAUGCAGACCUCAGUGUCCUUCACCCUGAAGAACGACGCCACCGGGACCAUGAUGGUCCAGCUGCCCAAAGCCAGAGACAUGUACCAUAGGUUUAUCCAGAUCCACGGCUUGGCUCGGGCCCAGAAGCUGGCGGAGGUCCGACACAGCCGAGCUCAGUUUGAGGUGGUGGGCUUCCUCGGCAGGGAAGGUCACUACAACAGCCGCCUCCAGUAUCUGUACAUCAACGGCCGAUUCUUGCUGAAGACGCGGAUCCACAUCCUGCUCAACCAACUCCUGCGACAGCUGGGCAGCACCAAACACAACAGCCCCGAGACGCUGAGCGCCACGCGGAGUCCCCGGCAGAAGCGCGGCCAGGAGCUCCACGCCGUCUACGUCAUCAACAUCACAUGUCCUCGCUCGGAGUACGAUGUUUGCUUGGAACCUGCCAAGACCCUGGUGGAGUUCAAAGACUGGGACGGGGUUCUGCUCUGCGUGGAAGAAAUGGUCAAGUCUUUCCUAGUCAGGGAGAACUUAGACUCUGCUGUGCAAGAUGAUUCAGAUGACGGGGAUCCAGCAGAAGACGAUCCUGGUCGAAAUGGUGACACAGCCUCGCCAGACUGCUCCCGCUGGAUCACGUUAGCAUCCGAGACUGUUUAUCGUAAAUUCCAAAGUGAAACGUGUGAGCAGACAGAAGAACAGAAGACGACUUCAGCACCAGAGCAAGCUUCUGAUGGAGAACUGGGUAACCUUCCUGAAGUGGAGGACAAAGAUGAUGAAGAACAUGAACCCCAGAGUGACACAGCAGAACAAGAGGAAGAAGAGGAAACAGAACACAGGAGGAUGCGUUUGUUGAAGGCGCACAGGUUCGACAGGUUACAGGCUACGGCCGCAGAAUGUAGAAGUUUGUCCAAGGGCAAAAGGUCGGGUGAGGACCUGCGAGGACAUGCAGCUCCAAAGAUCUCCAGGUGUUGGAGGAUCUCCUUGUCGAACCAGCUUGGGUCUCUGGAUACUUUCAGAAGGCUCUAUGGGAAACCAGAGACAGCGACGAGGAGUUCUCAGAGUCUGCUCAGUCAGAAGGUUCAGUCUGGGUCCGGGAAGGUCCUCAAAACCCCAACAGGUUUCCCAUCUUCCUCACAGUUAAACCCCAACCCGAUACUGUCCGGACCAAAACCGUCUCUGGCUGCCAAAGUGAACCAGCUGAAGCAAAACACUGGACCAAAGGAGGCCCAGAAUGACGCCGCCGCUCAGGACGCCAACAACAACGCGGGCGGCGGUGAACCUGUCCAGGGUGAAGACCUGGACUCGGAGGGUUCCGGAGACUGGCUCCAUCACUAUAGCGCCUCCGCAGGACGGAUGGUCUACGUGAACAGAAGGACCGGACUCAGCCGGUACCAGGAGCCCCAGGAGAAUCAGGUCCACUGCACCAGCGACGUCACCAACUUGGCCGUCAGUGUUGUCUCAGAGGAAGGAGGAGAACAUCGGUGCUACCCGUUCCAGAGAGACCUGGUUCUGCCCUUUCUACCCAAAUCCAGACUGGACCGAGUUCUGAGUGCUGGGACGGGAGAUAGAGGUGAGAGUUCCGUCUCCAGCUCGCUCUCCUCCAUGUACUCCAAAUGGCAGAACCCUGUGUUUGUGCUCCCCCCGGAGGUGGGUGUCGACGUCUGUAGUGUCCAGACUGAGCGGCUGAAGGUGAAAACCCACAACAUCCUGUUUCCAUAUCGCUUCACCAAAGACAUGAUCCCUUCCAUGAAGGUCAUCGAUCAGGUGGACAGGAAGUUCCUGGCCUGUCUGAUCAACACCACCGAGGAAGGAGCGGGCGAAGGAAACCUUCUGGUUCUGCUGGACCAGCAUGCGCUCCAUGAGCGGGUCCGACUGGAGACUCUGGUGGCAGAUUCUUACAAAGACACAACAGAGGGACGACGGCUGAGCUCGUCCAAUGUCGUUCCACCUCUGGAGGUUGAAGUUCCAGACGAGGAGCUGCGGCUGCUCAGGUCGUGUGAGGACCAGCUGCGCAGUCUGGGACUGGAGCUGACCUUCCCGCUGACUCCUGACUCCCCCCUGCUGGUUCACUCCGUUCCUCUCUGCUUCCUGGAGAAGGAGAGAAACGAGGUGAAGAGGAGGAGAGCGUCUGUCAUCAAGCCUCUGGUGGAGGAGUUGCUCCGGGAGCAGACGGAGCUACUCCGAGAGAGCGGUCGCGUGCGAGGAACGCUGCCACUGACGGUGCUCAACGUUCUGGCCUCUCUGGCUUGUCACGGAGCAGUGAAAUUCAACGACCAGCUAAGCAGAAACGAGUGCAGCAGCCUGGUGGCGUCGCUGUCGUCCUGCCAGCUGCCGUUCCAGUGCGCCCACGGUCGCCCGUCCAUCACCCCGCUCGUCGACUUCCUGCAUGUGGAUUUACAGCCCGAGGAAUCUCUGAAGCCGAACCUCCACAAGCUUACAAGAAUGUACAAGUCCUGGCAGCUAUAUGGGAAAACAUGACAACUCUGUCGCUGUAGUCAUUUAAUAAACUUUUGUUUUGUCUUUUUUUGUCGCAAUCUGAGGCAAAAUAUUGAU